AUGAGCUCAGUUCAACAGCUUGUAACCGAUUUAUCGAACUUGUCCACAGAGGCUAAAAGACGAAAUAAUGACGUCAAAUCGGCUUGCGACAGGGCCAGUUCGUUGUUGAAAGCCCAAUAUGGCACUCAAUCGAAGAAAAAUAUAGGUGACCCCGACUUCUUACCUUCUCUGGAACACAGAAAGGAGAUAGUAAUGCCAUUCAUAACGUCAUUACUAGCAGGAAAUGCUAAAUUUGCAACUAUCUCCAUCCCGGUGCUACACCGCUUGAUUCUCUAUAAGAUCAUUCCUAAAGAUAUGAUUGACGUAUUGUUGGAAAGUUUGAGUGAGGCAUCUAAUCUUGCCAUAGAUAUUCAAUUGAGAAUCUUACAGUGCUUACCAAACGUCAUGCAAUCGUACAAUGAGAAAUUGAGAGGCGGAUUACUUCUUCUGUUGCUCUCAAUUUGCUCCAACUUAACAACAAAUAACAAAUCCACUGUAGUUAUCAAUACAGCGUCGGCAACCUUACAACAGCUAUUCAGCUUUAUUUAUGACAGCAUAAGGGAUAGGAAGCCUGAUAAUGAGAAUGAGAAGAAAGACGACGAUAAGCUGGAACUGUUUUCUGUCGCGAUUGAUAACGAUCAAGAGAUAACUUUGGAUUCCUUCUCAUUUGAAGGCUUCAAGAUUUUCAAUGAUUUAUGUAGGCUAGCUUCAAACGAAACCCCAGAAUAUCUCCCUACUAAUAUGUAUAUUAGUUCUCUCCAGGUAUUAGAAUUGAUAGAAAACAUUGUCGCAAACCAUAAAGAGAUCUUUCAAACUCACGAGGAGUUGGGAUUCCUACUUCGUCAAAAAGUAAUCCCGAAAUUACUAAGGUCUCUUAAUGAGAGCAAUUCUGGAACGCCCACGUCCUCAUUUCCAGUAACUGUAAGGGUAAUGCGAAUCAUACAGGUACUAUUAAGCUCAGAUUUACUAGAUGUAGUUGAACUUGAAAGCGAAGUAAUUCUUUCAUACUUGAAUCAUAUCUUAAGAACAUCAGGGCAGCUGCAAGGAGUGAAUAGACAAGCUGUGGAUUCUAGAACUUCUACUCACGAUGCGGCUUUACACUAUGCGGGUGAUUAUUCAGAAGUCUUGGUUCUUGAGGUUUACAGAAAUUUAUUUCAGGAUUUUAAAUUCGUAAAGUCAAUAUUCGAAAAGUUCGACAACCACUCUGAAGCUAAAGAUAUUAUUCAAGAAUUCUUGUCAAUCAUUAGUUCAUCCUUGCAAAAGAACAAGAACAUUACUCAAACAGAGAUCUUGCAGCCUGUAGAUAACAAUACCUCGAAUAUUACAAAUAUUUCAAGACACUCUAAUAUGAAAAUCUCGGUUCUUGACCAUCUUGAUAAAUUAGAGGCACCAACAAACAUACCAGCUACCUAUUCAGCUUAUUUGAUUUUGAACUUCGUUACAAUAAUAUCAGAUGGUGUGGCGAAAUUUGUUGCCAAUCUUUCGAGCCAAGACCAAAAUCCAAAAACUCUUGAGUUAGAUGUUGAAUCCAUUUCCACAUUCAUAGAAGCAAUUUAUCCAGAUUUAUCACAUAUAAUUGAAUUAUUCAUUUACACCGGUAUGGAUAAUGAAAAUUUCCAUGGAUUAAUCAGAGCCGUUCAAAAAUUCACCCAUACGACUGGUCUACUUGGGUUGGGAGGACUUAGAGAUGGCCUAUUGGAAAUUAUAAGUAAAAGUAUUAUUCAAAAUGUAGAGCAAAACCUGAAAGUACUGCUGCUGUUGCAAUACCAGCUGCAGCUGCAGAUCGCUCCCAAAUCAGAACAAAAGACACAAAACACUGAUAAGUCGAGCAUGUCAGAUGACAAUCUCAGUGGAUUCCUCUCCAUUGGGGAAUCCAUUGCAGAAACCCUAGGGAUCCAAGAGAAAACUCAAGUAGAUACUUCCUCGAUCACUACCAGACCAAGGAAAUUCAAUUCGAGACACGUAACUUGCUUCAGAGCCUUAGUCAACUUGGCCGUUUCACUCGGUUCCACUUUAGAUGAAUCUUGGGAUAUCAUAUGGAUCACAUUCCAAUGGUGCGAUUAUUUCAUCUACGGACCAGACGACCCAAAAAUGGGAAAUGGAGGUAAGAUAAAAUCAAAAGAAGAAUUAAAUCCAAAACUUAGUCACAACGACUUUUAUAACAUGGAGAAUUCAAGAAGAAAAUUCUACGAGAGUAUUCAUGACUACCAAAUUGACUCUUUUUUCAAUUUAAUAGAAGCAUUAGCGAAUUUGACAAAUAGUGACUCAAAUGGUAAAUUUAUCUGUCCUUUCAAUCGCUCUUAUUUCAUGAAGCAAGUUGUUAAGAUAUCCUCCAUUGAUCCAAUUAAAUUUUAUCUUCAAAAUAAUGACAAGACUUGGACUUUAUUGAACACAUACUUUAUUGACAACAUUAUCAAUAGAAGUAAACAUAACAAUUUAAGAAUUCAGGCAGUACAAAUGUUCAACACAGUCAUUCAAUCUACGACCACCGAAGGAUUUGCUGCUAAAGAUGUGUCUAUUAAUCAAAUAACAGCAUCUAAAUCUUUGGAGGCUCUAAGUCAACUACUUGAAAGUAUGUUUGAACUUGGUAAACCUCAAGAACUUUUGGGUAUUAAUUGUGAAAUUGAAAUCCAUUUACUGGUUUUGACCACUUUACAUCAGUUGAUUGACAAAUAUGAUAAAUUUUAUCAAAACUCAUGGGAUAUUGUGUUUAAAAUUUUAAAUACUCCUUUCCAAAGCAAAUUAGGAAGUAACAAUAAAAAACUGUUACUCGAUUCUUCUUUUGAUACAUUGAAAUUAAUUCUUGACGAAUUCAUAUUUUCUUUGCCAUUUGCUCAAUUGAAAAUACUCAUUGACACUUUAUACAACUUCUGUAAACAGGAAGGGGAUUUGAAUAUUCUGUUCAGUGCAGUUAGUUACUUUUGGUUAAUUGGAGAUUCAAUCAAAAAGCAAAUGAAGAUUGAUAAAAGUUUAGAAGACUCUAGCGCCGAAAGCCCUAUCCACGAAGAGCGACUCAUCAGCUUAAUCAACGACUCAGCUGAGAAUAAGUAUGAUUUACUAGAUGUUUAUUUACUACUAACUUUGUCUAAAAUAUCGAACGAUUCAAGAGCACAAGUUCGUGAUGGUGCAAUUAAAACCUUUUUCCAAAUUAUUGAUGUCCAUGGCAACCUAUUUACUUCACGGUAUUGGAAGUUGGUAUAUGAACUAGUCUUACCGAACUUUCUUAAACUUGAAUUAAAUUUACAAGAUUCCAAGUUUAAUAAAAAGGAGUGGAUCGAGAGCUUAAAUUUGAUCCUUUCUGGUCUUGUAUCAUUAUAUUCAACUUAUCUAGUAAGUGAAGAGGAAAAUACACAAGCUGAGAAUAUUUUCUAUUGGAAAGGCCUCGUUGAAUACUUCAAAAGUCUUUUACUGAUGAAAUGGAUUGAUCUAAAUGUUUUAAUUUUCAAGUCGUUUAAAGAUUGCUUGAUCCCUAUGAAUGAUGUAAAUAAAGAAAAGGAAGGUAUUUGUGAAAUUCUUUUCCAAUUCUGGAUCAAUGUCCCCAUUGAAUAUGAUUUCAUCAACCCCUUGUAUCAAGAAUCUCUCACAAAGUUGAUGAUUUGUUUCCCUUCUUUGUAUGAGCUUAUGCAUCAUAAGUUAUCUCCUGAUGAUGUUCAAAAAUUUUUGACAAAUUUCACUUCAUGUGCGAGAUACCCAGUUUUGCAAGACAACUUCUUAGAUAAUACGAGACCUUCCAAGUUACAGAGUGCUAUAUAUGAAAAUUUCGUGUCGUUAAAGAAGAUAAACAAUGAUGAGGCGACAAGCUCUCUUAUAAUACAACUGUUGAGUAACAUUAUUAUAUUUCCAUUCGCAACGAGGGCCAGAAUUGAACAGAAGAUAGGGCCAACUCUACAAGGGAAACCAUUGAAGACGCCAACCUUCAUUGCUAUUAGCACACUUUCCUUACGAUUAUUAAAUGAAAAUCUUGAGUCAUUUGGGAAUUUCAAGAGGUUAAUUGAAGACAAGGGAAUCUUGAAAUUAAUGAAAUCAUUACUAGAGAUUGUUAACGUGAAAUUUGAAGGAAGCAAUCCUGAUGAACCCCUUUGGAUUGAAGCAAACGACGUAUUAAAGAAAACAAUAAGAAAAGUGAUGAACUGUACCAGCUCUGAAACGAAAGGAGAGGGUGAAGCUGGCAUAUCUGUUGAACUCUGGAAGUUAAUUUUGACUGCUAUUAAACUAUCAUUUAAUACGGAAAAUCCAAAGUAUGAAAAUUCAAACAUUGAACAGUACUAUUCUCUUAAAGAUAUAGUUUUCCCAAGAUUUACUGAAGCAAAUACAUCAACUGCACUUAUUGAAGAUUUCAUAGAGGAUUUAUAUAAAAAUUCAUUUUUAUUUUCGGAGAAUGAAUUAGAAAAGUCCUUACUGCUGAACUCAUCUUCAAUUUUAGACUAUUCAGAAAAGUUAUAUCAAUUUGACUUUGAGGAAUUCUUCGGUACUACAGAACCAAUAAAUAUUUCCAAAAGGAAAAAGACUGCAGCUGUGUGUUUAAGAGAACUAAUUAAGUUUGCAUCUUCACCCGAAGUUAAUGGUGAGUCGAAUGUAUUAAAGGAAAAAAGUUUAGAAUACUUCGUUUGUCGACUGUCAUUUUGUCUUCGUAGAUUUAUAUCCGACGAAAGUUUACUUUAUAGAGCUCCGCUACCACAGGUUCAACAAGAUGAGUUAUUAAUUGUUGUAGAAGGUAUUUUGCAAGUUGAUCAGCAUUUGAGUCUAAAAUCAGAUCAAUCAAAUAAUAUUCGGAAAUUGUGCCCGUUGUUGGUAAAGAGUGUGCCUUAUUCGUCAAGAAUCCCUGGAUUGAGUACCUUGAUUGAGAAGGUUUUACUUAACUUGAACAAGUAG